CACCAUGAACGAUUUGGAGCAAACCAAGGACAACCCGCCAAAGGGGGAUUUUGACCAACCCAUGUUAGUCAAACCUUCAACUCGCCUCCGCCUUAACACGUUUGACUUCACGGACCUUUGGGAUGAGGAAGAGUCGGACAGAGACUGUGCAGAAGAAGAAGGUUCCACCUCGGGAAGCAUCUCAAACCAGGAGGGGUUCUGUGGUGCCUUGUCACCUCCACCGCCCCCUCCUCUUGACCCCCUCAUCUUCAUGGACUCACCCAAGAGAGCUACUGAUAAAAAUGUGACCCUGAAGCUUCAUUGGCGGGCAUUCCAGAGUGUGACUCCACUCCCCAGGGCCACUCGCUUUGGGACUCAGACCAUCUGGACCCUUCUUGAGCCGAUCCGUUUGGAUACAAAGCGCCUGGAGUUUCUGUUUGAAUGGAAGGACAAGAGCACUUGCUUGAGUGUUGCUCGUGGACAGCGGAAGCACACUUCAGUCUCAGUGUUGGGGAUGAAGAGAAGUAACAACAUCACCAUCACCCUGAGCAGCCUGCCUCCACCCCGCCUGCUCCCACCUGCGAUUUACAGCAUGGACGGCAGCGUACUUGACCGAGAAGACAUUCAGAGGCUUCAAACGCUUAUCCCGACGGAGGAGGAGCUGUGUCUGAUCAGGGAAGCCAAGGCUCAGAACCCAAACUCCCAAUUGGCCCCGGCUGAGCUCUGCCUACUGGCUUUGGGGGAGAUCCCUCACCUGGGCUCAAGACUUCGGCUGUGGGCCUUCGUGCUGGAUUACGACUGGUUAGAACAGGAAAUCGCCAAGCCUCUCUUCUACCUGAAGCAAGCCAUGGAGCAGUUGGUCGGCAGCCAGACCUUCAGACACGUUCUUGCGACGGUGUUAGCCAUCGGUAACUUUCUCAACGGAUGUAAGGCCCGCGGUUUCGAGUUGAGCUACCUGGCCAAGCUAUCUCAAGUGAGGGACACGCGUUCUCGCCAACCUCUCCUCCAUCACGUCUGCGUGCUUCUCCUGCAGCUCUACCCGCAAUCCUCAGACCUCUACUCGGACCUGACGACCGUGAGCAAAGCUGGCAAGUGUGACUACUCCCUGGUCCUUGGUAACUUGGACCACCUCGAGGCCUUGUCUAAGGGGUCGUGGGAGCAAAUGAAGAUGUUGGAUCAAGCGGAGGAAUGGAAAUGCUCAAACGGGGAAAAGAGACGGCUUGUUAGAGAAGGGGAAACCCCGGGUCUCAGCGGCGCCCUCAGUCACAGGCUGCCAAGUCUUUUGAAGGACUGUGAGGACAGGACCAAAGUCCUGAGAGCCGUGCACCGUAGGGUUAUCAACAGGUUCCAUUCAUUCCUGCUGUUCCUGGGCUACUCCAAAGCAAUGGUGCGAGAAACCAGGGCUGAGGACUUCUGUAGGACCAUCAGUAACUUCUCCCUGGAGUUCCGGGCAGCUUGGCAGGCUGUCCUCCUUCAGAAAGAGCGUGCCGCGAAAAGCCCAGCUCCUCACACGCCUGCAAGAAGGACCAAAUGUCACCCAUCUCAGGAAUGUGAGCAACACUGCAUGCUGGAGGAAGUGCUGAGAACACCAGAAGCCACCUCCAGGCUGGACCUGGUUCGGCCUCUGCGGCGCAAGAGGAUUCCAAAUUUGAGCCAUUCUCUGAGCUGCUCAUCCUGACGGGGGUCACGGGAGUGCUGGAGACGAUCCCAGAAAGGAGGUGGGCAAGGGAUUGCCUGAACUUCUUGUGAGCGGUUUGAAUCGGUGUACCUACUUAAAAACAACAGGACAACUUUUCCAUUAAUUUUGUCCCGAGCGACAAAUUCACUUGUUUAUAUACAGGAGAAAAAAGAAAAACGACAGAGAGCCUGUGAGGUUUUCAGUGGCAUUUCCGUCAAUUAUUGAUUCUGUCAGUUUCAUUUUCAAACAUAGUUGGAGUCGGAUUAGUGCCACAAAAUAAAAUACAGUCUGGAUCUUGACAUCCACAGGUAAAUAAGCAGAAAGUGUUCUGUGUUUUUUUUUUUUUUUCACACCUGUUCAGUCAAGUGCCACCCAAACAGUGCGAUAAACUCGCUAAAUUACAUUCAUCAAAUAUGACGAUAGAAAGUACACAAGAAGGCACUUCUGUCAUGCAAAAACUGACUCGUGUGUACAUACACCAGUGUAAAUGUAAUGUCUUCAUAAUGUAUCCAAAAAAGGGUGGUUUCCAAACUGAACUGUCAAGAGGUUGUCAUUCAAUGUAUGUUUUUACUGCUGUCAAUGUAUUAGCCCAAGUCCUGCACAAUAAAUGAUGUGUAUGAUGUGGAUUUGACUGGAGAGAAAAAAUAUA